AUGAACACAACCAGUCACCCUCCAGAUGCCUUGGGCAACGCCCUCGAGCUCGUCAACCAGGCCUUCGACCAAGUGCAGAAGAUUCCCGGCUCCUCGAUAGUCAUCCGAUACAUCCGCUCCAGCUACCAAGAUGAUCCCGUGCGCUCCGCCAUGGAGCUGUUCCUGUUCCUCUUCGCCGUCUACUACCUGGUCUCGCCGGCAUACUCGACAAAGAAGCAGAAGCAGAUUCCCUUGACCGAAGAGGUGCGUUCCGACCACAGCCGUCGAGGUCAACGUCUUUUACUGACACGACACUCAGNNGAGAUUGAUGAGCUCGUUGAUGACUGGACCCCCGAACCACUGGCAGCGCCCGUGACAGCCUUCGAAGAGGCUGAGAAUGAGAAGAGACCAGUCAUCGUUGGGUGCGCAAAUUUGCUAUACGCUACCGAGAGCAAUCCGCUGACACACAAUACAGUCNCUUCAGCACCCAAGUCAAAGCUAGCGAACGGCCGAACUGUAACAAACCUUGCCACCUACAACCACUUCAACUUCAUCAACUCGGAAGCCAUCAAGGAGGCUGCUGUCAAGACUCUGCGCGCUUAUGGUGUCGGUCCCUGCGGUCCUCCUGGUUUCUACGGUACUCAGGAUGUUCACCAAACCCUCGAAGCCGACAUUGCUGCUCACCUAGGCACACCCGCUGCCAUUGUAUAUGCCCAAUCUUUCAGUACCAUCUCAUCCGUCAUUCCUGCCUUCUCCAAGCGCGGCGAUAUCAUUGUUGCCGACAAGGCCGUCAACUUCGCCACACGCAAGGGCAUUCAGAUCUCGCGCAGUACAAUCCGGUGGUACGAACACAAUGACAUGGAAGAUCUUGAGCGCGUGCUCGCGAAACUGGUCAAAGAGAAUGCUCGUAAACCCCUGACUCGCCGUUUCAUCAUCACCGAGGGUCUCUUCGAGAACGUAGGCGAUGUUGUCAACCUUCCCAAGCUCAUUGAACUCAAGCAAAAGUACAAGUUCCGCAUCAUCCUGGACGAAACGUGGUCAUAUGGUGUGCUGGGCCGCACAGGUGGCGGUGUCACCGAGCAACAGAAUGUGGAUGCCAGCCAGGUCGACAUGAUCAUCGGUUCGCUCGCCGGUUCCCUCUGUGGUGGUGGUGGCUUCUGUGCUGGCAGCGAAGAAAUCGUCGAACAUCAACGCCUCUCUGGUAACGCGUAUACCUUCUCGGCCGCGUUGCCUGCUAUGCUUGCGACCACUGCUAGCGCAACCACUAGGAUGCUGCAAGAACAACCUGAACUUCUGGUCGCAUUGAGAGAGAAUGUCCGCGCCAUGCGUGCCCAGUUGGAUCCACGCAGCGACUGGGUUAUUUGCACCAGUGCUGUUGACAACCCUGUCCUGAUGCUCAUUCUGAAAGAAGAAGUGCUUGAGAGCAGGCAGCUGACUGCACCAGAGCAGGAUCUCAUCAUGCAAGAUAUUGUUGAAGAGAGUAUGCCACCACCACUAGGUGGUACACCCCGCGACGAGGGCUGGCAGCCUCAAGCUGCAGUCAAGGUCUGUGUUACUAGCGGUCUGUCGAAGAAGGAGACGGAGAAGGCUGGUGUGGUCAUCAGGCAUGCCAUCACCAAGAUUAUGACGCGCAGA